CUUGAGGAUGAUCCCUUUGUUUUUUCAUAAAAACGGAUGAAAUAAAUGCUAAAUGAGAGAUUGCUGAAGGAACAGAUGAUUCACAUCAUGACUUCAGCUCGUCUAGCGAUCAUUAGCCGUCUGUCCUUCAGGGGUUUAGUUAUGGUCACGUUCACUGUGUCUCAAUUUGCUAUUUUCCUGUUUUUGGCGCCCGUUCACACAGAUAUUAAAUUACCACAUAGUCGUCACUAACACAGAGGGCACUAUCACACUAUCACAAAUAAAUAAACCUAAAACUUUAUUUGGUAAUUAUGACUUUAACUAAAUAAGUGCACGAGUGAAAAAACACUUUAUAUUCACAGAUUUCUCAACAAAAACUGUAAUUUCAGUUUCAGUUUGACUUUAAGUUCAGGACACAGUCGAGCUGACAGUCUGAGAAACUUCAGGUGAUGCAUGAGGUGAUUUUCAGGACGGAUUUUCACUUCACUUACAGUGUAGUAGAACAGCAGACUUCGUCCUGAGAGACAAAAACUUCUCUCCACCUCCCAAAAAAUCUUCCCAUUAUAAGAUUUAUCUCGUGUUUUUAGGUUCUGCAUGGAGCUGCGUAAUAUUUUUGGUAUGUGGCUUUUCAUUCAGAGAAACAGCACUUCAUAAAGGCGGGGGAGCUCGCUCUCAGGUCUGGAUUUACAAAUGGGACUCUGGGCUCAUCUCAACACCCCGCUUCAGAAAAUUACAUUACCAUUCUGGAGUAUAGAUUUAAGGUGGAAUUAAGGGCUCUUCCAUCUGGCAGGAGGUUUUUUUUCCACCAGUGAAGGAUGGCAGAUUCAUAUAUUGCUUUUCUGUUUGAAUAGAUUCCACUGCACAGUCGUUAUUUCUGUGUGGCCGCGCUUCAUAUUUCAUUUCAAUAUAAGAACAAUAAAGCUGAUUAAAACACCUCAGAGCAGCGGAGUAUGGAGGAGGGCAGUUUUCUUAAAACCUGACAUUUUGAAAACAGUCUAUAGACGUAUUGUGAUACAGGAAAUAUGAUGAGAGGCUCUGUGCUUUCCAAAAUUUCAGAUUAAAGGCCGUUGAUUCAUGUAUGAGCAAGUAGGCUCACAAUGGCGGGUAAAGCUGAGGAUGAGCUCAUGUCUCUUGUCGCUCAGAUAGUGGUGAAUACAUCCUAAUCUCCUAAUCAUAAGCUUAUUUGUCUUAUUCUGCUUUUGUUGUGUAACUCAUCCUGCUCUGCACCGCCGACAUUUAUGAAGAAACACAAGUUAAAGACGAUGAAUAUUUAUUCGUUCAGUCAGGGACACUCAGGGAUGGAGCUCAGAUCUGAUCCGAAUCAAAAUGUGAUGAUUGUUUUCUUACGUUUCCGGGAGUUUUUGAGUCUCAAUAAAUAAGUAAAAAUGGUGGACGUGACCUCUGAUGGAGAUGAUGUUAGUGUUUCUGUUGUGCCACUGAGGCACCAGUAUAACGCUGCUUCUUCAAAAACCAGCUUCAGCUUUUAAAGUCUUUGUGUCACGUUGUCGUCUUUCCUCCGGUCAGCUUCACGGUCUCGUCCUCUCACGGAGUUUUCGAUGCACAGCUCUUCCAGCAGCGACGCUUGUUCAUUGUUUUGGUACAUUUUUGAAACAUGAGAGUGCUGCAGAUGAAUAAUGUCAGUGGAUGAAAUGUGUCUGCUUGAAUCGGUUUUACUGGUAUACUGAAGGGCUCUGAUUCACCAUGCAUUCAUCACACAAUCUGUCAAACCCCAGAAUUUACAGGACAAAGACGCUGCUAUCGCUCCGUCUGUUGGUGCCUUUUUAUAAAAACUAACUGGUAGAGCUACACUCCUCAGUCGUCAGAGUUUUAAAAUAAGUGAUGAUAGUUUUGUUUACUACUGGAGAGCAGUUUGUAGACAAACACAAACACACAGAGCGGCUACACACUCUCUCAGAGAGCCUGUUGUUGUCCAUGAAGGGAGUUGAAACACAAGAGGCCUAAAGUUUGUGUGUGUCUGUUUGUGCACUUGUGUGUAUGCGUGCGCAUGUGUGUGUCUGCGUUUUGUUAGUGAGCGUGUGAGUGUGUGUGUUUGUGUGUAAGUCGCUGGGGGGGAUAAAGAGCCAUUGUCUGCAGCUGGUGCAUCCCCCACUCCUCCUCUCUGCAGCUGUGAGGAAAUCAAACACUCCUCUUUUCCCCCUCUCUGCCUCUGUCACAACCUGCUGAUGCCUUAUUAGGUCAUUCAUGGUGAAACGUAGCGAUGACCCAGUGAUGGGUUGUGUGGAGCGGCAGGUACGCCGCCGCCGCCGCCGCCACUGAGCCAGUACGAAUAGAAAAAGAUCCCAUGUAACAUCGUGGCGUGAUACGUGAGUCUGGUGUCCAUGACACCCGCUUUAAUGUGAAGAGAAAAACAGUGUUUACUGUCAUCAUUAAUGAACGGCUCCGACUCCACAGAACAUAAAUGUCACUUGUCUGGUGAGGGACAAUCUAUGAAUCAUUUAAAACAGACCCCAGGAACUGCUGCUGCUGCUCAUCAUUCCUGAUUAAAAUCAUGGAUAAAUGCAAGAAGUAACUGUUCUUUCUGUUUUAUAUCCUUGUAAACAUAGAAUAUCUUUGGGUUUACAGCUGGUCAAACAACGAUGUAAAGACACCAGCUCAGGAUCUGGGAACUUGUGACGUAUAUUUUCACUGUUUUUCAACAUUUAUUCAUUAAACAAAUGAUUGAUUAGUCCAAAAAAUACUUGUUGAUGGGACAGCAUCAGUAGUUGCAGCUGUAUCUGAACUGGAUGUGUUAUUUCACAGGCCUCUACAGAAACCUUUUCUUCUGCAGCUCGCAGGGACACCACCUAAACUGCUUCUCCCUAAAUAUUUCAUGUUUAGAGUUUACACAGCUCUGCAUUGAGAAUUCCAACAAAACUUCUUAAAAUACACAGUGUGAUGCAGCAGCUGUUGUGUUAUGAGACAAACUGCAGAAAAAAAAACAGGAGGAAGAAGAAAACUCUCAGGUUUUUGCUGCGUGACCGAAACAUCACACUUCAGAGAUGUGUCUGGAUUCGUCUGUGAUUUUAUCACCAGAUUAGUUCUGUCUGGUUACUCGCAAAAAACAAUUUUCAGUUAGGAAUGUGUCCAGUAAUUGAUUACUGUGGAGUUGUGCAGCGACAGUAUUCAGUAAACAUGAAGGCCACAACACAUCAGCUGACGUGAUGCACCUCCAUGAUUCAGCACAGCAGCCUGAUCUGUUGAAGUACAAUCAGGAAAAUGUACUUAAGAGUAUUAAAAGUACUUGAUACAGACACACCACUGUUACUCAUGCACGCUGCAUUAAUUCAUCUGAUUCAGAGUUUUGUUCAGAGCAAAAUGGUUCAAAAAUAGAUUCAAUUAGUCAAAUAAUAAAAAGAAAAAGAAGCAAAUCCUCACAUUUUAGAAGCUGGAGCAGUGAAAUACUCGACAUUCGUUCUACAAAUAAUAUUUUUCUACAAAUGGAUUAAUCGUUGUUGGAUUAAUAACAAGCAUCAUAUCUGUAAGUUUUUCUUAUGCUUGUGUGCCCAAGUCUAGAAAAUAGUAAAGUACAAGAAGCUGAAGCUUGUACCUGAGUACAGUGAGUACCUGAGUACAUGUACUUAGUUACAUUCUACCGCUGCGGCAGAGAAAUGAAAUCCUGUAGUUUAUUUGCGGAUUUAACCCUCCCAGGUCAGAUUUAUGAUUCAAAGUCAGUCUGUGCUGUAAAGAUUGUCAAUGAAUGGACGGUAUGUGAUGAGAACACGGAGAGUUCCUGUGAAUCUGUAGCAGCUCUGCGCCUUUAAAUCUCUCCGCUCCUCCCUCCUCGGUGACAAGCCCGCAGAGCCUCUUUAACGCAUCCAGUGGAAAUGACAAACCAGAGGCGCUGCACGGGCCAGCAUGUCAAAUAAUAACAAUAAUCAUGGGCUUUAGCAGCAGCACCUCAUCCGGCGCAGUCAUCCCGAGACACUAACGAGGCUUCUCCGGGCCAUUUUGUGGGUCUGCGGACGCCUCAAAGUUGGAGCGGGGCUCGCCAAAUGGACGUCGAUGGACUGGAAUGAAAGCUCCACUUCUUCUCUCGGACUGAAGGAAGGAGGGAGAGAAACCUCUGCAUGUUCAAGUUUCCUGCUCCAAGCAGAGGGGCAUCGGUGCGCGCGUGUUGGAUGUGUGAGGAAGUGUGUGUUGGGUGCGUGUGUGUGCGCGCCCGCGGCAGGAACAGCAGCAGCAGCAGGAGCAGCGGCGGCGGCGGCGGUGGUGGUGGUGGUGGCCGCGGGAAGGGAAGUUUAGCGCCGUGAUUUUUCUGCUUCUUUUCCUUCUAUUCCGUUGUGGUGUUCUUCAUGUCGCAGCAGGGGACAGGCGGAUUAACGUUUCCCUGAUGAAAAUUAAUCAUCUGUGGAGAGGCUCUGUGAUCGUGACUAUGAUGAUGAUGUCGAGUAAGAGCGUGGAGUGGCUGCAGGAGGAGCUGGAGUCCGGGGCCAGCUCUCUGCUGCUGCUGGACUGCAGACCCCAUGAGCUGUACGAGUCCUCGCACAUCGAGUCGGCCAUCAACCUGGCCAUCCCGGGCCUCAUGCUCCGCAGGCUGAAGAAGGGCAACCUCCCCAUCCGCUCCAUCAUCCCCAACAACGAGGACAAGGAGAAAUUUGUGAAGCGGUGCAAGACGGACGUGGUGGUUCUGUACGACGAGGCGACCUCGGAGCGGCAGGAGUCCGGGCUGGGGAGCUCCGUGCUGGGACUGCUCCUGCAGAAGCUGCGGGACGACGGGUGCAAGGCUUUCUAUCUGGAGGGGGGCUUCAACAAGUUCCAGUCGGAGUACCCCGAGCACUGUGAGACCAAUCUGGACUGCUCCUGUCCCAGCAGCUCCCCGCCGGCCUCCGUCCUGGGUCUGGGAGGUCUCCGCAUCAGCUCCGACUGCUCCGACGGGGAGUCUGACCGCGAGCCGGGCAGCGCCACAGAGUCCGAGGGCAGCCCCCUCCCCAACAACCAGCCGGCGUUCCCCGUCCAGAUCCUGCCGUACCUUUACCUGGGCUGUGCCAAAGACUCCACCAACCUGGAUGUGCUCAGCAAGUACAACAUCAAGUACAUCCUCAACGUGACGCCCAACCUGCCCAACAUGUUCGAACACGAAGGCGACUUCAAGUACAAACAGAUCCCCAUCUCCGAUCACUGGAGCCAGAACCUCUCGCAGUUUUUCCCCGAGGCCAUUUCAUUCAUUGACGAGGCACGCUCGAAAAAGUGCGGCAUCCUGGUGCACUGCCUGGCCGGGAUCAGCCGCUCGGUGACCGUCACCGUGGCCUACCUGAUGCAGAAGCUCAACCUGUCGCUCAACGACGCCUACGACUUUGUCAAGCGGAAAAAGUCGAACAUUUCCCCCAACUUCAACUUCAUGGGCCAGCUCCUGGACUUUGAGCGGACGCUGGGCCUGAACAGCCCCUGCGACAACCACUCGACCUCGCCGACGCACCACGAACAGCUCUUCUUCACCACCCCGACCAAUCACAAUGUGUUUCAACUGGACACGCUGGAGUCCACAUGAAAAUCAGAGGCGGGAGAGUUGGGGGGGUGACCGUCCCCCUUUAUUUUUUGCGGAGGGAGGGGUGUCAAGGCGGUGUUGUUACCAUGGUAACAAGCGGCUGCACUGGAGGAGAGCAGCCAGUUUUAAUGAAUGUUUUAGCCUCCCGAGGCUCAUCUUGUCUGAGAGCCUGGCCACAGAGCAGCGUUGAAGGGACAGGGGAGGUCACAGAUGCCACGUUAAAGGGGAAGGGGAGUUUUUUUGUUUUUUAAUUUUAAUUUUUUAAAACCCAGAGCGGGGAACUGAUGGACGGGUUUUACGGUGGCGAGCCUCCUCAGAGUUGACUGAAUUUGGAGGAAGAGCUCCGAUCGACUUCCCCUGCAACAAAGAGGAGAGGAGGAGGAGACUUACCUGACUGAGAAACUGAGAGAAGGUCGCAGCAGGACUGACAGCUUCAUACAAAGAUAGGAGCACGGGGGGAAAAAAAUCUACGCAGCGCUCGAUUCGUGACACGACAGCAUCCUCUCUGUCUUUCUGUCUCGGCUCUCGAGCUGAGCUGACUGGUGCCAAGUGGAGAAUCUGGGAUUUACUCGUAGGAAAUCUCACUCUACUGAAUGUAGAGUUUUUAAAAACCAAGGAAUUAACACACACACACACACACACAAACAAAGUAUGUAUGUUUGUACUGUAUGUACCGUAUGUAUGUUAACGUACAUAGCAGAAAAUGUAUGGGCAGUCCUUAACAAAUUCAGUAUGUCUAUAUGCAUUUUUGUAUAUUUUUGUGUACAUUUACGCACAAAUCUAUACCUUAUAUAAAUAUAUACGCAUAGAAAUCUUAUCUUUGUCCAAAAACAAAGUAAUCCAAUCCAAUAAUGGCUUAAGAGAUUGUAAAACUAAAGAAGGAGAAUGGGUGUGGCGAUGCCUACAAAGGAGCGUUGUUGUGAUAUUCUUAGUUGUCUUCUUUUUUUUAUAGUUUCGUUUUUCUUUUAGGUUUGUAAUGACCUAAUGCAGUUUGCACAGUGGUGUAGCCAUUGACUUGUUGGCACUUGAAGCCGGUGCUGGAAGCAGGCAGAUAAAGAGACAUUCAGAGAAGAGGAGGGGAGAGAGGAGAAGCCAGUCCCAGGCCGCGAUGAGUCCCGACAGCUGCAGCGUACGGUGGGGAGGGAGCAGGAACUGGGCCCUGAGCAAAGGACGGACAGGGUUCAGGGUUCAGAGUCGGGUUAGAGGCUGAGGCAGGCAGUGGGUAAGACGAAGCGCAGGGUUCAGAGUUGUCAGUUGAAAUGUGGUUGGGUACGGGUAAAGAUACUACAGAAGAACAUUGGCCAACUGUUUUCGAAUUCAAGUUCCCUGUCCCUACUUCCUUCCCCAUAUGACUGUUCAUUCAGUUGCCUAAGUUGUUUUGAUUAUUUCAGUCAUUCGUUUAAUUUCAGUUAGAAACUAAACUCUUGACUUCCUCGGAUUAUUUCGUCACAGCACAUUGUCUCUGGUAUGUUUUGCCAAACUGUUUUUUUCCGACAGCUCUGACUUUUGUACUUUAAGGCUUGAAUGAGAGGUUAGGGAUACUAAGGUAGUGUCAACAUUUCUGAGCAACUUUUUGGGCAGCUUACUUUAGCAACUUUGGGCAAAGAAGUGCCUCAACACUCACCUACUUUGCAAACUUCUUUUUGCCCAAGAGGAACUCGUUCGAUUUGUCGACCUAUCUCAGGUUCCCUUCAGGACCCACAUAGAUGCCAAAAAGAGAGUCCAGGACUUGUAACUUGGUCUCUCUGUGUUGGGAUCAUGGUGAUGUGGACUGGGACUGGCCUCAGCUACAGACUGCACUUAGCUACAUAAUAGCUUCACGUCCCUUAACUGCAUUGGAGAGAAGGUCUUUCUGCAAAGGGAUCACCCAUUUCUUCAAAGAAAAUUUUGUCUGAGUUGAUUCACCCUUAAGCCUUGGGUAUAUUAUAUGAAAGAUAUAUUAAACACAAAUGGAUAUAUAUAUAUAUAUAUAUAUAUAUAUAUUAUAGAGCAAAUAGGAAACAGAUCCAUAUUAUUUUGUAUACCUGAGCAUGCUGUGGUACUGUAUGCUCUCUAACAGUAGACAUAACCACGGGUUGGAUCGCGCUUUACCAGGUUGGAAGACGAGCGAUGAGGACUGUUUUUUUAACUGCUGUUGCUGCUGAACAACGGUGGCACACAGCAUGUGGUCAGGGAGUUUUCUGAGACCCUGUCCCCAUCAGGAGCACUUAAACAACACGUUAAAUAUGAUUUGGAAAGUGUCCUAGAAAAACUUGAUGAAAAAAAUCCAAAAACUUGUUCAAAUUCCCCUCUGCUGCAGCAGUUGUCUUUUUAAUGUGGCUUUCUUGUGAUCAGUGGAACGACACUGCAGCACAUAGACUUAUGGCAGCAUCUGUAGGUACACUGGGUCUCAUGCAAGAACAUUUUGAUUUAGAAAGCCCUUUAGACUGCACAAGCAUGUCAUAAAUCACUUGUCACCUGUUCAUGAGAAGGUGCACCUUCAGAAGGUGUGAGCAUUAGCAUAAUCAUCACCCCAAAAGCGUCCCCUGUUACACUCCAUUUCCAGGCACAUUUCAUUCACAAAAAUGUCACUAUGUUUAUAAAAAGCAGAAGUUCACAGUGAAGAGCUCGGUGCAGGAAGUCAGCAGACCAAACCAUGGCAGUGGGUAGUGCUGAGGGAACCCAAAAAAUAGAGAGAAGUGCAGCUAUUACUACAGUCGUCUACACUGUCAUCGCAGACAUGUUGUGAAGUCAGAUACAAAAAAAAAAAAAAAACAUUUUGCCAAAGACAGUGUGAAUCCUUCUACCCAAUACUCAAACCAGUAAAAGCUCAUGUUGUGAGCAUCAAAGUAAAGUUGGGAACAUAUUUAAACUUUAAAUUCAUGAAGAAUUUAUGACGUUUGAAUUAACUACAAGUCUUCCUCAGGCCUGUAGUCAGCUCUAAAUCCAGCUUAUUAACUCACAGGUGACUUAACAGAUCUGUUUGUACGAGCGGUUUUUACAUGAGGCCCAGGGUUUUAUAGCAAACUACAGAAAUCUUAUUUCAAAGUGGAAAUGUGGACGGGGUCAAAACAGAAACACAGAACUGGGUUUCUGAGGGAACAGCAGUUGAAUCUGAACAGGGUUGGUUUUAGCUGGCCUUAUAUAAUCUUUCUAACUUGUUUCUAAUGCUGACUGUUCAAUACUCUUUGUAUCUCACUUUAGAAAAAACAUUGUGUAAAAAAAAAUGAAAUAUUUGUUAUCUGUUAUUUGAAUCAGAACAUGGUAAUAAUAGACGGCGAGCUGUCUUUUUACCGUUAACGGGUCACACGAGGUCCUCUUUGUUACUCUGCAAUAUAUCAAAACACCUUUUUUGCAGUAUUUUGUAGAUCCAAGACCUCAAAAUUUUUAAAUUCUUCUUCUUUUGUACUAUAUCUAUCUUCUGUAUGAUUAUACAAGAUCCAGCUCGAUUAUGGCUUGUGGACUGAAGUAACAUUUCACCUGGGGUGUCCAAAAUGUAGGGCCGGUGUGCCCAUUGCCAACCUGAGAGAGGCCCUCAUUGACACACACUGCUUCACACAGCCAGAGCUGUGGUUCAGCAUGCCAGUUAUGUUUCACGAUAGACAAUUACACUACCCGGCUUAAAUAAUUACAAGGUCUUUUUCCGUCUUGUUUUGAUAUAAUGUGCUCUAUGCUAUUCCUGUGGCCUUUCAAUAUGAAUAUAUAUCUAAGUAUAUAUAUGUUAUGAAUUUAUAUGCAAAAGUUCCUCUCCUAUUAUAGCAUCAGAGAUGAAAAUAAUACUACCAUGCUUGAAUGGACUUCCCUUGUCUGGAGUCACAUCCCACUUAACAAUAAGAAAAACGUUGAGGACUUGAUCACUUGCACCCUAGGAUUGAAAUAUAUUUCAGUACGGAGCUUUUCUAUUUAAAAAAAAGAAUAUGGUUGAUUUCAAGCUGCUUUCUUGUGUUUUGUGUCUUUGUAACAAUGAAAGAGAAACCAAGUCUUUUUCUCUGUUUGUAAAUUUGCCAGAUCACGGGAACGGCAGUUUCUGUGUCCUUAAACUUGUAGCUACAUCUUGGUAAGAAUGUGCUCGGGAGGGAAAGACGUGAAUGAGGGAGAGGAGGAGAGGUGGCGGCAACGGCGUAAGAAAAAAAAACACAAAAUGAAAGAAAAAGUGAAUGAUUUAAAAAUGUUACCUCAGUGAGGAAUUUUUCAGGGAUUUUUUUGACAAUGCAUCUUGCAUCGUGUUACAGCUUCAAACACAUGUUGAAUAGCUGUUUUGUAUUGUGCUGUAAACAGUUUUUAAAAAAAGAUGCAAUCUGUCUGUGUAUAAAAACAAGGGGCACGUUAACCGAGGCAGUUUCACCUUUCUGUCUACUGAAGGAAAAACAAUUGACCCUAUGUAUUGUACAGUAUAUGGAAACAACACAAGACAUGUUUAUACCGCAAAUAAAUAUUGAAAUAUUUUUUUCUUUAA